AGUACAGGCUAAUGCCACGAGUGUUCCAUUUCGACGACUAUGACGAGUGCCUGCUGGAUGAUCCAUCCGUGCCGAAUGUGUACUGCAUGGUAAAGGCUGUAGUGGAACCGAACGCAUCCUCCGCCGCCUGGAACGUGAUCGCCGAUUUCUCAAGCAACUGGAAGCAACAUUUGAACCACGCACACCUUGACCGAGGCCUUUGCCUCAGCGGAUGCAUCCGACUGUUGGCCGAGCUCGAGCAACAGAACGUCACCGUGCAGGAGCUAAGGUCGUUGGUUGUGCCGAAGUUUAAGAUUGAUUUUCCGUACAUCAUCAAGAAUGGCACGUUCCGGGAUGUGGACACGUAUCGUCGCAACUACUCGGAACUGUUCGCUAAGUGCAUCAACUACGAGCUGCAGCAGAAGCAUGGCUUGCGUGCUUAUACGGAAAUUGAAUACUGCGACAGCAACAGGGAAUCAUAUCCGAUCGACAAUUUGGAAAUUGCGUUCCUGGUCGUGCUGGGAAUUUUGCUGCUUACGGUGAUACUCUCGAGCUGGUACGAUCAUCGCUGCAAGCAGAACCACGGUUUAGAGCACUAUCAAACAGAGCUUACGAGCAAAGCCGCCAUGGUGCUGGUGUCAUUUUCCAUCAUCCGCAACUGGUAUCGUCUAACGUCCCGUAGCGAUGAUUCGCUCAGCCGCUCGAUACGGUACGUUCACGCGGUCCGUUUUAUGAUUUUCAUGAUGAUCAACAUGGGACACAACGUCCUUUACGCACAGCCACGUACAGCGAUGGUAAUCGAACGGAAAUUCAGCGAAGUUGAUUCGAUGAUUGUGGCGAACGGAUCGCACGUCGUUACCACGUUCUUUGUGAUAAGUGCGCUCAUGCUGGUCCUGUCGCUGGUAAACAAGCUGGAACAGACAGGCCGGAAAAUAGGAUUCCUUGAAAUCAUUAUGAUUUCCAUCGCACGCUACGUUCGUCUAACUCCCGUGUAUGCGUUUAUAAUGUUUCUGGAGGCGACGUGGCUCGUACGCUAUCUCGAUGGUCCACUGUGGCGCAAAGGAUUCGAAACGGGCCGAACCUACUGUCGGAAGCACUGGUGGGUUAAUCUAUUGUACAUCAACAAUUACUAUGCGACGGAAGAACCGUGCAUGCAGCACACCUGGUACCUGGCCGCUGAUUUCCACAUGUUCGUCUACGGAUUGGUGGUGAGUGCCGUAGUUCUACGCUUCCCUAAGUACCGGACGUACAUACUUUCCUUCCUGCUGCUGGUCUGCACAAUGAUUGCCGCCAUCGUGGUUUACGUGAACGAGUACGAAGCCGUGACAGUGUUACCACCGGAGCCGCUCAGAUUUUUCUUCUGGUACUGGGACAUGUACCACGGAACGUACCUACCGACGCACAUGUACCUGAUCAAUUACACUGCCGCCAUUAUGGGCUCCUUCUACAUGCUUCAUCUGCAGCGCAAGAACUUCAAAACGCCAAAGAUGUUUUCAUUACUGUGGCUGCUCGGAAUGUUAGCGAUACCGGGAUCGUUUGCAGCCGGGUACUUCAUCUACAGCAACCUGUUCGAGACACCGUCCGUGUGGAUGGCGCUAGUCUUCCCACUCGGUCGCAUACUCUACACCGCCCUCAUGUUUCUGCUGUCUAUUGGUUUCAUCUUUCGCGCCAGCAAACCCAUCCUGCGAUUGCUCAACAUACACUUCUUCGGUAUUCUCGGCCGGCUUACGUACUGUGCGUACCUGUGCCACUUUUUCAUCACACGCGCCACCUCCUUCGGUACCAGACGGUUGGCAAAUCUGGGCGUAUUUGAGAUGAACACCUCCAGCUGGUCGACGCUGGUAAUGUCCUACGUUUUCGGUUGGUUGCUCUGCCUGAUGCUCGAGUCACCGUUCAUUGCUUUGCAGAAGAUUCUUUUCGAAAGCUUGCACGGCAAACGUCAAUCGAACGCAGCAAGCAAUCAGCAGCUUCAGCAGGACAAUCUUCCAACUCCAGCAACCUUUCUGGGCUCGUUCAACGCACUCAGUGGCAAGCCAGCGGCAAAUGAGAUGGAAUCGUACACCAAUUCUACAGAACAACAGAGACUAUAG